CAAGAGAAGCAGUAACAGCAGCGGCGGCAGCAGCGGCAGCGGCAGCGGCAGCGGCAGCAGCGAGGCAGCUCCUCAAUAGGUCAGUCUAGGCAUACCUGGAUACGAUGGGUCCUCCGAUGAAGCUCUUCAAGCACCAGAACUACAAGGCCUUGAAGCAGGCGUGCCUGCGGGAUGGCAGACUCUUCUGUGACUCCACCUUUCUGCCUGAGGAUGACUCUCUUUUCUUCAAUCGACUGCUUCCUGGGAAGGUGGUGUGGAAACGUCCCCAGGACAUCUGCGAUGAUCCCCGUCUGAUUGUGGGUAACAUCAGCAACCAUCAGCUGACCCAAGGAAGACUGGGGCACAAGCCAAUGAUCUCUGCAUUUUCCUGUUUGGCCGUUCAGGAGAUGCACUGGACAAAGACAAUCCCCAAUGCGAAGGAUCAAGAAUGGGACCCUCGAAAACCAAAUAAAUAUGCUGGAAUAUUUCGCUUCCGUUUCUGGCAUUUUGGAGAAUGGACCGAGGUGGUGAUUGAUGAUCUGCUGCCCACCAUCAAUGGAGAUCUUGUCUUCUCUUUCUCCACCUCCAUGAAUGAGUUUUGGAACGCUCUCCUGGAAAAGGCUUAUGCAAAGCUGCUGGGCUGCUAUGAGGCCAUAGACAGCUUGACCACCACUGAUAUCAUUGCGGACUUCACCGGCACGUUGGCUGAAACUGUUGACAUGUAUAAGGGACGAUACACUCAGCUUGUGGAGGAGAAGUACAAGCUGUUCAAAGAAUUGUACAAGACAUUUACCAAAGGAGGGCUUAUUUGCUGCACCAUUGAGGCUCCCACUCAGGAGGAACAGGAAGUGGAAACUGACUGGGGUCUGUUGAAGGGCCAUACCUACAUCAUGACUGAUAUUCGGAAGCUCCGUCUGGGAGACAGACUGUUGGAGGUCUUCAGUACUGAGAAGCUGUACAUGAUUCGCCUGAGGAAUCCUUUGGGAAGACAGGAGUGGAGUGGCCCUUGGAGUGAAAUUUCUGAAGAAUGGCAGCAGCUGACUUCUACGGAUCGCAAGACCCUGGGACUUAUCAUGUCUGAUGAUGGAGAAUUCUGGAUAAGCCUGGAGGACUUUUGCCGCAACUUUCAUGAGCUGAAUGUCUGCCGCAAUGUGAGCAACCCGACUUUUGGCCGAAAGCAGCUAGAAUCCGUGGUGGGAUGCUGGACCGUGGAUGAUGAACCCCUGAUGAACCGCUCUGGGGGAUGCUACAACAACCGGGAUACCUUCCUGCAGAAUCCCCAGUACAUCUUCACCGUGCCUGAGGACGGGCCCAAGGUCAUCAUGUCUCUGCAGCAAAAGGACCUGCGCGCUUACCGCCGAAUGGGAAGACCUGACAAUUACAUCAUCGGCUUUGAGCUCUUCAAGGUGGAGGUGAACCGCAAAUUCCGUCUCCACAACCACUACAUCCAGGAGCGUGCUGGGACGUCCACCUAUAUUGACACCCGCACCGUGUUUCUGAGCAAGUACCUGAAGAAGGGCAACUAUGUGCUUGUCCCCACCAUGUUCCAGCAUGGCCGCACCAGCGAGUUUCUCCUGAGAAUCUACUCGGAAGUGCCUGUGAAGCUCAGGGAACUGACUAUGGACAUGCCCAAGAUGUCCUGCUGGAACCUGGCUCGUGGUUACCCGAAGGUGAUCACUCAAAUCACUGUGCAGAGUGCUGAGUGUCUGGAGAAGAAGUAUGCCAACGAAACUGUCAACCCCUAUGUGAUCAUCAAGUGUGGGAAGGAGGAAGUCCGUUCCCCUGUCCAAAAGAAUACUGUCCAUCCCAUUUUUGACACCCAGGCCAUUUUCUACAGGCGUACCACUGACAUCCCUAUCAUCAUCCAGGUGUGGAACAAACGAAGAUUCUUUGAUCAGUUCUUGGGCCAGGUGACUCUGGAUGCUGACCCCGAUGACUCCCGUGAUAUGAAGUCUCUGUACCUGCGUGAGAAAGGGGGGCCAAAUGCCAAAGUCAAGCAAGGCCACAUCACCUUCAAAGUGAUUUCUAGCGAAGAUCUCACCUCAAUCUAAAUUCACCAUCCUAGAGAAUCCCGACUGGGCCCUGAGUUCCUGACAGGGACCAAGUCGUAUCUCAGAUUUACAAUCUAUAGAAUGAAAGAAAUUCACAAAUAUUAACCUUAUCUCUCUUAUGAUUAGCCCUCCCACCAAACCCCCAAACCCCCAUACCUCCUGAUCCCAGUAGCAUCAGUAGCUACAUAACCUAUAUACCUCCAGCAGCUGGUCAGGGGGGAGGUGACAGUUCUAUCUGGAGAUCAAAACACCAAGCAAAAGAUCCCUGGCACUUCCAGGGGUCAGAUUCUAGCAGGACAAUAACAAGGGCUUGGGCACCCUGUAGAUGUUUUUGCUGCAUCCACAUGACCAUUGUAUUAUCCUGUAGGGCAUGAUGAGGAAGGAGGAGUGAUCAAGGCCAAGCAGGUCUAGCCUGACAUCUCAGCUCCUGAUUGAACACCUCAGACUUCCCAGCAGCCUGCCUACGAGUAGCCAGAGCCUGCUUCUAAGUACCCAACCCUUGCCACUACACAAUCUUGACCACCACCAGUAUCACCACCUUCAGAAAGUGUAGUCCUGUUUUAACCCAAGUCACCCCCACCCCACAAUAGGUUGUACCUUCAUGUUGAGGAAGCUUCUUAGGUGCUUAGUCAAGAGCUGAAGUUCGAUGAAAGAUUCGAGUUUGCAGCCAGUAUGCUUGGGCCUUAGCUCAAGUUCAUUGGAAGCCAGCUGUGUGCCAUAAGAAGGGGGGAAAAUGAAAGAAACUACAGUGAGAGACAAAGCCUCGGUCUCCCUCUCACCCACCCACACACACCUACACUCAAGCGUGCGCACAGGGGCGUGCAUGAACUACCAUUCAGCUAGUCAGUAGGCAACAGGAAGGAAGAGGGAGUGUCAUAUGCUGAAGGCAUGAGAGAAUCCAUCUGGAGAGGGAGAGCAUGGCCCCUGACUGCAAUGUGAAACCUCCUGCUGCUGCUGCUAGGUUUACAAACGAGCCUGUUGCCGUGUGCCACCGAAGAGCAUUGGUACUGAAGGCCCAGUUGGGGGCUUGAGACUUUGUGUCCCAGCCCAGGCCCCUCAGGUUUUUCCCUCUGCUGGGAAGUUUCACUUCCCAGGGGCGGGGGGGGGGUUGUUUGCCCUCUUGUUUUUCAGAAUUUUGUUCUAUAGAGUCAGUGAAGCUGAAAUGUUCUUCCCUCAGUCCUUCAUCUGUCAGCAUUCUACCCCUCCUAGGCCCAGCACGAAUGCCACCUCCUCCAUGAAGCUGUUACUAAUCAAACCCCAAUCCCCGGUUUUUCAACCAACAUUUUAUUCAACGCUUCAGCCAUGAUAACAAAAAAAAAAGUAGUUAUAGCAUUUAGUCUAGCUUGCUGUGCAUUCACUUUAAAAAAUGAAUUCUAGUUUGUUAAGCUCACUCAUUUCUUGCUAUGCUUUUUAAAAACUCUGUAACUACUAUGAAGAUUCACACUGCCUUACAUAAUUUCAAUAAAGUUCAAAUACAACCAA